AUGAAUGAAAAAUAUUUAAGGAUGAAGAGCUUGGAGGAUUCACAUUUACUGGAUCAGUUGAAGGAAGUUUUCCGACAGCACUUUCGGCAUUGUCAACGUCUGGAGGUUGUCGGGAUACUUUCAUAUACUACAGACAACAACACAGAGAAGUUUAUAAAGCUAGAUUUUUCCACUGUCAAAGGUUCGGGGACACGUGAUUCUCACCUUGAUUCGGAAUCAAUGGAGUAUUGUCAGGUCGGCAAUCGUGAUAGCUGCAUGCGAAACCCGGCUCAAGUUCUGGAGGCGUUACGCGACCCAACUGAUUUUAAAGAAUCCUCAUCACCUGCUAACGCCUCUCCACCUUUGCUUCCUCCUCUCGUAAUUCAAAACACACGCGUUUCUCGCGGGGCCAACGUUUGUUCCACUACCGCUGUACUCGACUCAGUUUGUUCGAUGGAGAUUGCUGAGUCGCCCAAAGAUUUAGUCGACGGACCUAUACACCGUCGAGACAGACGUAAAUCAAGAAGACCUAAGAGACAAAUAAUUGAUUCGGAAAAUCGGAAUGCAGAUAGUGAAGUUGAGGAUGGUGCAACUGAGCAAGAUGAAGUUGUUUCUUCAUCUGAUCCCGAAAUGUUUAGGUCAGGGAAAGUUCCGCGCCUGUCUUGCUCUUCUAAUGCCGCAAUCAGCUCUCAAACUAUGAGUGUUCUCUCACAAAACAAAUUCAUCACUACCAGAAUAAUCCAAGAAAGUUCUCCAGCAGCAUCGGAACAUAACCACCAGUUUGCUGACCAAGCUCACAUUCCGAAUUCGGAACCAGUGGUUUCGGUUUCUCAGGUUCCUUCCACUAAAACCAGCGAAAUAUGUUUCCGUGGACCUGAUGUUCAACCCCAGACUACGGCUACUGCAAAGUACACCAUAGCCACCAAAACUCUCGGAUUGGGUGAGUUGGGGGAAUUCUGUGGACUUUUGCCCCUCAACAAUAUACUAAACAGGACUAUUCUUUCGUGCCAUGACAACAACUCACUAACGGUUAAAGUAGCUCCGCAAAAUAACGGGGCGACAAACCCAUUGAUUAUUCCUAUCCCGGAGACGACACCUCAUAUACACACUAAUCAAGGAGUAAUUCCGGUAACAAGUCAUACGGCUUCAACACCAAAUGUUCUACUAAAUCCAAACAUCGCGGCUGCAGUAGCGGCAGCUCUUUCUGCAACAUCACAGGCACCAGUUAGUACGGUAACUUACUCCGACCACCAAAACGUAAGCGGGAUUACAUCUUUCAAUGGACCGUCGAUAGCUCUCACUGGACCCUCCGGCGAGAUCAUUGGAACUAUUCCUAUUGGAUCAACUGGCCAACAACAUGGGUUGCUGCCGUCAGUUCUAGGUACGGCUCUAGCUUCACACUCAUCAAACGUAGGAAGUGCGGUGAACACAGUUAGUGUGUCUGUCCCCAUAAGUUCUGGUGCGAACGGUGGGUCUAGCUUGGCGACUACACUAAAUUGGCUGCGUUGUGCAUCCGCAAACACGGAAGUUGCCCAUCAUAAUCCACUACCCCAGCAAUCUUCAAUUUCAACUAACAGCCAGACGCAAGCAGCUAACAAUUCUGUCGCUUUGCUUCAAUCACUCGCUGGUCAGAACGCUGUUCAUCAGUUGAGUUCCGCGCCCGGAAAGGUUUCUUCCAUUUCUGUUGGGCCAACUUUGGCCUUAAUCGGUACAUUGGGGCUCAAUCCAACGCCGGCAAGUUCGUCUUCCAUGUCGAACAAUGAAGCUAUGCCAUCUGUAUCCGCUGGAACUACAAAUGCUACGUUGUUGACAACCAACUUGGGGCUCAACACAAAUAAUAAUAACAACGCAGCGUUGGUGGCUGCUGCACUUCUCCGUGGACUUGCUGGUGCGAAGAAUGCAACAGCCGAAGUGUCGGAGUCAACCUGCUUGGAAACUAAUGUCGGCGGUAUUCCGGGCUCCGUAACACUUAUACCAGGUGGUCAAAUGUCCUCAGGUGGGUUAACCACAGGACGCCCCAGCAUGAUUGCCUCCGAUGGAAGCUUAACGUCUCUGAGCAAUAUACUUUCCUCAAAAAUGAUAAACGCAACGUCUGUCACGCCAUCCACGGCGACAUUUUCUAUGUAUGAAACACCUGUAUGUUCUGCUACCAACUUAAAUCGUAUCGGCCAAAAUAGCCAACUUUUAAAUGGUGUAAGUAAUGCAAUAACCCGUGGGUCCAUCAUGUUGUCUUAUCCGCGUGGUCAAGGUGAGAUGAACGUUCUUCUAGCUCCCGCUUCUGCUCAGUCUCUUAGCGCCGGGUCCUUGCCGUCAGUGGCCGCUAUUCCGACUGCCAUUUCAUUUCAAAACAUUUUGAGUCCACAGACAACUAGUGUCACUCUGGCACCCCCCGUACUAUUGCAUACGCAACUGAGCAAUCCAGGUGCUCCAAAAAACCCAACGACCGUAUGUACGACUUCCACGGUGUCUACUACAUUAGCCGUAUCUCCUAGCGUUCUACCUCCGAUUCGUUGCAAGAGCAGUUCAACAGAUCAUAAACCCAUAACGGAUCCAACCACAUCAGCAAUUGAUCGGAUUUUACAAACCAUAAAGGGUUGUAUGAACAAUGAGAAUCGGGAAAACGAAUCAAAGCAAAAGUUCGCAUCUAUAACGUCGAAGAAAACCGAACCUGUAGAAAAUACCACCUCGAGUUCGAAAUCCACUUUCGACGAUACAAGUGGUGAGUUGAAUCCUAGUGGAGAGUCGAAACAGUCUUAUUCAUUGAAGUUAGUCUCGUCUUCCGUCCCAGUCGUGAAGACUAAUAGUGUUGUUUCUCAGUCAGAGCAGUCAUCAAAAAGUGCUGACGGUGGCAAAGUUUCAGCAACAACCGGAGAACGCGCUCCUUUAGUACCCAUAGCAAAGGAUCCAAAUGAUCACGAGAAUCCGCCAACAUACCGUGUCACGAAAGUAUAUCGAUGUCGCUAUUGUGGAAAAACAUUCAACCGCAAGUUUUGUCGUGAACGUCAUGAGCGUCUUCAUACUGGCGUAAAACCAUACACAUGUGAAAUCUGCGAAGAAAAGUUCAUUCGUUUGGAAGAUAAAAAGCGACAUGUUCGCUCAUUGCAACAUUAUUUAGCGGGGCGCGGUGCAUUCCUGAAGGUGGAAUCGGGUGACGGUACAUGUGAGGACAACGCAGCUCUUGGUAUUGAUCCAUCAACAGUGUUACCGCUACUGACACAAACCCUCCAAGGUGGUGGCCAGGAAGGUGUUAAUGGAGGUUUGGUAGAGUUAGAUGAAACUGCAGGAUUGAGCCCCAGUGAGGAUACAAGCAAUGAUCAAGGGAGUGAUUGCGAGUCUUCAGAUGCAGAGGAAUGUCCGGAGAAAAUGGUAUCAGAGUUUCAUUCUUCUGGUCAGUCGAAUAUGCGGAUCGGUACACCAGAUGAUUCGUCCGAUGCCCCAGAGCUUCGGCAUACACCAGUGUCCUGUGGUGAUGACGAAGAAAGUGCAGGUGGAGUCCCAGAAACCGAAGUUCAAGCGGUUUUCACCGAAAGUCAACCGUGUUUGGUGCUCUCUGCCGAAACACCUGUGUUUAACAAAGACGAAUCUCAUCCUAAUUCCAGCUCAAAAGGGACGAAUGUGGUGAGUAUGACUUCUGUAGUCUUGAUUAACGGAGAUGACCUUCAAGCAUCCAUUCCUUCUUCAUGA